GGCCAGCCACAAGUGCCGGCGGAGACGGCCGCACAGCAGUGACGAUAAGUCAGCCCCCGACGCAUCCAACGUCUCCGAUCUGAUUAGCAGACGACGCUGGCAGCGAGAGCAUGCCGCCGCGUCGCUCUCACAAGAAGUCUAGAACCGGCUGCCGGCGGUGCAAGUCGCGCAAAAUCAAGUGCGACGAAGUCCAUCCGCGAUGUGGCAAUUGCGUGAAGCACGGCGUCGCGUGUGAUUUUGAACACCCCGAGGCGUUGGCCGAGCUCCAGGCUGCCGCCGCCGAGUCGCCAUCAACCCCCGCCACGACCGUCAACUUCGGGUCCCCCAGCAGCCACGCCGCCAGGCCCGCGCCCGUCACGCCCGGCGUUUCCCACGCCGCCGCCGCCGCACCGCUAUGUCGCCCGCCUCCCGCUCCGACCUUUUCACAGACCACCCCGCCGAGCCAGCGAUUGCUCGAGCUCAGGCUGAUGCACCAUUACACGGCCAUGACAUGCAAGACCUUCACUUUUACCGCCCCGGUGACUGAAGACAUCUGGAAGAUCACGGUGCCGAACCUCGCCUUCUCUGGCUCGCAACAUCUGGCCGACGCAAUCCUCGCCGUCGCCGCGCUCCAUCUACGAAGCAUGGCGCCAGACGACAAGGAGCUAGUGCGCGCCUCGCACGCCUACAUGGCCGCCUCGCUUGCUGAGUACAGCGCAGCCCUCACGAAGGGGAUCGAUCACACGAACGCCGAGUCACUCUUCCUGACUUCUGCUCUGAUUGCCUUCCAGUCCACAGCCACCAGGGUGUUCAUGAAGGACGAAGUAAUGGUAGACGGGGAAAAUGACAUCGACACCAAUACGGGCAGGCAGCGACACCACGGAUCGGGUGUUUAUGCUAUCCCUUUCUCCUGGUUCCACUCCUUCCAGGGAGUCAAGGCCAUUACCGCGGCGUCCUGGCAGUACCUACGUGCCAGCUCCGUUGUGACGCGAGUCAUCAACUCGCAGGCCGUUCUUCAGCUGGACUUUACUGCCGGGCCAGAGACAUUUUUUGGGCACUUACUCGAAGGCCUCGACGAGGAGCUCGCCGCCAUGGGCGGAAACGAUGAUACCUCAGCCGCCGCCUCCACGAAUCCGUUAGGGGGGGCAGCCGCUCCCGUCCCAUCUGCUGAGUGUCAACAGCGGAAGCCCGCCGCCGCGGAGGUAAUCAACGCCACGCGCCAAGCCUACCAGCACGCCGUCGCGGUCCUCAACUGGGCGCACAAGAUCCCCCACAAAGGCGCGCCCCUCGCGUUCCCGGCGACCGUCUCGCGGCGGUUCAUCGAGCUCCUCGAAGAGCGCCGCCCGCGCGCGCUGGCCAUCCUGGCCUGUUUCUUCGCGCUGCUCAAGUCGAUGGACUCGAUCUGGUGGCUGCAGGGGAUGGCGCGGCGCGAGGUGCUCGGCGUCGUGUCGCUGUUCAACAGCGACUUCUUCGGGCCCGACGCCUACCGCACCUGGUGGCCCCAUCUCGAGUGGGCGAUGCGCAUCGCCCUGUACGAGCACCCCGGCUUGGAAACGGGCGAGCCCAUCCCGCCGGAGGUCUGGGGCGCUGACUGGUACGCCGAGGAGCGGGUGCUGGCCGAGGGCCAGGAAAGACAUGGCGGCUACGUGAGGCACAUCGAGCUGCUGAGCCAGAUGGCCAGCAACACCGUGCAGAGCACACCAAGCGUGCCGGAAUUUGUGCCGGUUACGGGAACGCAGAGCUGACGGCGAGGGGGGGGGGGGUUCAAGGCCCGAGGGCUCUCCAGGACGGCGGGCCCGGCCCAAUCGUCAGCUAUUACAGGAGCAAUAGCCGUUAUCGAGGAGGAUUGGUUAGGGUUUGCAAAGCAUGACAACCCUUUCAAGACUAGCGGGCCGAGUCAACCCCCGGGAGGCUUUGAGCGGCGGGUGCAGAACGCCGUUCUGUGAACCCACCAACU